CAGGGUCACGAGAUGACCAGUAUUGGGCUCCUUCUGGGUGUGUCUUCUGCCAAACUGGGCACCAUGGACAUGUCAAUCACUCGCCUCCUUAGUAUUCACAUCCCUGCUCUUCUCCCACCAACCUCCACCGAGCUGGAUGUACCACACAAUGUUCAGGUUGCUGCUGUAAUCGGCAUCGGUCUGGUGUACCAGGGAACAGGACACAGACACAACGCUGAAGUCUUGCUCUCUGAGAUAGGUCGACCUCCAGGUCCAGAGAUGGAGUACUGCACUGACAGAGAGUCCUAUUCCCUCGCUGCAGGACUGGCUCUGGGCAUGGUGUGUCUGGGGCAUGGCAGUAACCUGAUUGGGAUGACGGACCUGAACGUCCCGGAGCAGCUGUAUCAGUACAUGGUGGGGGGGCACCGCAGGGCUCAGGCCGGGGCCAGCAGGGAGAGACACAAGUCCCCCAGCUACCAGAUCAAGGAGGGUGACACUAUAAAUGUAGAUGUGACGUGUCCAGGGGCAACGCUGGCCCUCUGUUCGAAUUGA